GGCGGUAUAUGUUUUGACUCCCGUGGUAAUAGACUUGACCAUGCUGUCUGGACAAGAUCUGGCAUUCUGCAAACAGAGAUCGAACUUUUCAUUUCUUGGCGGUGAUGACGUAAUGCUUCACAAGCGCUGUUAUUGUGGCUUGAUGCCAGAUCCCAGGUAAGGUAUGUAAACAGUGAGUCUUACCCGACUAACUCUUCUCUACUUUAUUUAACCAUCUAAUGUUGAGGGUUUUUUUCGGUAUGGGAUUGCUUCUUAGACUUGGUGUCCAAUAAAACCUUGAUUGCUAAAACUAUUAAAUACAGUUCUGUAUUCGUAUUACAGUCGACUCUACAGUAACACAAAUUUAAGAUAAUCAGUACUUGAGUAUUUUUUCAACUGUUAGGAACAAUGGUGAGAAAGCUACAAAACUUGAACGUUUCGUUAUUUUGGUGCCUCUGCCAGAAUGACGUUGACAGUAGCGCAACCAUGUUGGUAUUUAUGUUAACGACUGCUCUCUCGACCAAUAGCUGCACGCCUGUGAUAAUCCUCAGCCAAUCGGGAAGCAUCACUGUGACUCACCAAAUAAGGAGCGACAACACCAAAUAAGGAAAGAGUAUCUCUUUAUAAGGAGGAAAGUAGUUCCUCUGCUCUCGUAUUAUUCCGCAUGCUUCAACGCUGACCUGAAAUGUUGAUUAUUCGUCCAUUCCAAAACACGAAACGGUGCGCGUCCUGCUAUUGAUGAACAACGUAGUAUUUCUAUGUCACUAGCUAGUCAGUGUCUGCAUUGGAUUCAGUUCACAACUGGGACUAUGUGCUAUGGCGGAGCAACAUGGCGGGCGUCUUCCGCCUUUUCCUUUUUGAGAAAGUGCUGAGAGUUUUGGACAUUAGAGGGCGAAGCGAACUGUUGCGGCUUACGAGGAUCCAGUGGGCUGCAUCACUUAUCAAACUUUGUUUCCCUUCUUUCCCUGACUCUGCCGAAACGCUAACUGAGGCGCGUUGUUUACAUUCUGUGACCCGGCCGUGCAUGCGUUUUGUCAGUCAUUUACGAGCACCAGCUUUGUGGGCUGGCGUCAAACACAGUCGCGCUACUAAGUAGAAUGUUACCGAGUCAGGUUGGGUCGGCACCACAGGGAAACGCGUCAGCUUCAGCAAGAGGUACCGUCGGGCUUGUUUCGGCUUCCGUCGCUGGCGGGAACCGUCCCGUCUUGAUCCGAGCAGGGCAAUCUUCAGUCGGCGAGAGCGUGAGCGGGGCCGGGCGGCACGGAACCAGAGAGGCGCUCGGGAUGCUGGGGGCGAACGGUCCGGGGGGUCCACGAGGUGUGAGAUCCGGGAACGGGACUGGGGUGAGCUCGCUUCAGACCGCCAUCCAGGGCGGCAUGGUUGGUCUCAACGCGGGGAUGGUGCUUCCUCACGGACACAGGUUCGACCCGGACAGAGAGAGUGUGCCUCUCUGCAGCGGCUCGGACAACGACUCGGACUCGGGGGAUGACGACGACCCGGUGGGUUCUCUCGGGGACAAUAGGAGAGGGGUGAAGCGGGAGAGAACCGAGAUGGAAUCAGCUGUCACGGGCCAGGAGAUCGGAGGAGCUGCCGGAGGGUACGGCCUGGUUCCCGGUGGGGUCGCGGGAGCCAAGCCGGGGAAGAAGACACGUGGUCGCGUCAAGAUCAAGAUGGAAUUUAUUGACAACAAGUUGAGACGCUACACCACGUUCAGCAAGAGGAAGACUGGUAUUAUGAAGAAGGCCUACGAGCUAUCCACCCUGACAGGAACCCAAGUUCUGCUGCUUGUGGCUAGCGAAACGGGUCACGUCUACACGUUUGCCACCCGAAAACUUCAGCCCAUGAUCACCAGUGAAACUGGCAAAGCGCUGAUCCAAACGUGCCUCAACUCGCCAGACUCGCCGCCACGGUCCGACCCUUCCACAGACCAGCGCAUGAGCGCGACGGGCUUCGAGGAGACAGACCUCACCUACCAGGUGUCUGAGUCGGAGAGCAUGGGCGACACUAAGGAUACUUUGAAACCCACAUUCACAGUAGCCAGCUUACCGGGCGGCACCAGCAGCGCCACCGUGCCAACCACCUCCACCAGCAUGCAGGUGAGCAGCGGACCCAACUUUCCCAUCACCAACUACUUGGCACCCGUUUCGGCCAGCUCCAGCGUCAGCGCCAACGGAACUGUCCUGAAGACCACCGGCGCCUCCACUGGGGUGAUGCAACUCCCCGGCGGCUUCACUUUCAUGCCCGCAGGCACUCCUCUCCCCCCCGGCACCCCCACCAUUCCUCUGAGCCAGCUGCAGCAGCACUCGCUGACCCUCCAGGGGCAGCAUGGUCAGACUCUGACUGCCGCCCCUCAACCUCAGCAGGGCCAACAGGCUGUCUUCCGCUUCCCUGCUGCUGUCUCCCUCACAGGGCCAGGUGUCCCUCAGCAGCUGCAGGCCAUUCAGGUUCACCCCAACGCCCAGUCCAUCUCGAACAGUGACAGCAGCCCCGAGAUGUCCCAUACCUCUACAAACUCCACAGCUACAGUGAGUCUCCCGGCAACCAUCGUCACCUCAACGGUGCCGUCGUCCGUGGCUGGUCACAUGAUGUACCCUAGCCCCCACACGGUCAUGUACGCCUCCACGCCCGCGCUGACCGACGGGGGGCUCGCCGUACUCAACGCCUUCUCCCAGGGAACGUCAGCCAUGCAGGUGUCCCACGCGCAAGCCCACGACCCAACAUCCGUCCCGCAGGUGUUCCUCACAGCCCCUCCGGGCACGGUGCAGAUCCCAGUCUCGGCGGUGCAGCUACACCCAGUACGGCAAGAUCUGCAUUUCACAAAUGGUGAUUGGGCCCCAGUCGAGCGGAGGCAGCAGCACUAACCUGACUGAAUUGCAGGUGGUUAACCUUGACGCAGCGCAAAACUCCAAAAGUGACUAAUGGAGCCGAGUAUGAGCGUCUUUCUCUUUAUUUAUUGAUGCCUUCCAACAUCACACUUCGCAAUGUGACCUUACACACAAACACACAAUCAAGGGCCUUGUGUGUGAGUUGACCCUUUUCCCAUAUGUUUUGGUAUAUAUAAAAAUUUGAAAUUAUCAUAUAUAUAUAUAUGUAUAUAUAUAUAUGUGUAUAUGUGUAUAUAUAUAUAUAUAUAUAUGUAUAUAUAUAUAUAUAUAUGUGUAUAUGUGUGUGUAUAUAUAUAUAUAUAUAUAUAUAUAUAUAUGUGUGUAUAUAUAUAUAUAUAUGUGUAUAUAUAUAUAUGUAUAUAUAUAUAUGUAUAUAUAUAUAUGUAUAUAUAUAUAUGUAUAUAUAUAUGUAUAUGUAUGCAAACGUAUAGGAAGUAUAUCACUACACCUGUCAUCAGAAUUCUAUUUUCGAUGUCGUUAGAUGGUAUUUUUGUGUGCGUGUGCCAUUUGUGUUUGGUUUGAAGAUACAAUUACAUGAACACUCAGUCAGUUGGGUGUCACAAAGUGUCACGCCCGCCAAAGACGUUUGUCCGAAUGUACAUACACACCCCACACACGCACACACGCACGUCAGUGUUUGUAAAUGGAAAACUAAGACUUUUGCUAACGUGUAUAUAGUUUUUAAAGAAAAAAAAAACUUGUAUUUUUAGCCCGAUUUAGUUUUGUGUAACAGCAUGUAUUUUAUUUUAUUUUUUAUGUUGUGGUUUUGUAUGUACAUGACAAUGACACAAAGAAGUGAAUCUGUACAUGUAUACUGUAUGGGAUAUAUUUGUAUAUGCUUUUCAUGCUGUUCUACUACAAGUAGUUUGACGACUGCUUCACAAAGGAUCAAGCAGCUUUAUCAUGUGAGGGGAGGACAUCAUUGCGAUGUGGAAUGCAGACUGUUAGUGGACAUUUUUUAGGAAUUAAAAGGCACAAUUGGACAAAUGUCGACAAUGCAUAUUUUAAACAUAUCGCACAUUUUUCAGUGGAACCUUCGAAAGUUGAACACAACCAUAUGGUUGUGAUCGGAUGGACGAAUGUUUAUGCAGUUUAGACUGUUUCCAACAUAAAAUCUUUAGGUGGACAGGCAAUGGCUUGUAUAAUAUUUUUACAUCCGUGAUUGUCAUACAUACACAUUAACGCAUUAAAUCUAAAAUCAACAGUAUGCACGGCCUCAACAUGCAAAGUUUCUGUGCUAUUUAUACAUGUUAGGAUCUGCUUGCAAAUUGAUACAUCUCAUGCAACUUAAAGCCAAUUGGCUAAUCAUGUUGCUCAUAUUGGAUUGAAAGUUAGAUUGUUUGCAUGUCAGUUGCCGUUAACGGUCUUCCGUUCGGCCAAACUCUUAAGUUACUCACUGAGCUGACGUCAAGCGUAAUUUCAGAAACGUCCAACUUAAAGUUUAACCCAAACUGUGGGAACUUUAACUUUGGAGGUUCCACUGUUAAUUAGGGGUUGCUACUUAAUAUUGAUCAUUAUUUAAUUCAGAUGGAUUAUAUUGCUGAAGUUGUGAUGUCACAACACACGCUGCUGCAAAGUGUGCUGCCUUAUUUGCUGGACGUUCAAAGAUGCGACAGCAACCCAGCUUCAAUAUUGCAAUUAAAUAUUUGUUUCAUUCUCAGUAAAACUGCAGUGGUCAUUUUGGUCUCAACAUUUUACUACCAGUAGGCUUUUAAAUACUCUUCAAAUCUAAUUAUUUCAAAGCUCUUUUUGUUUAAUCUGAGAUGCAAGUAAAGUAGGGAGCUAAUUCCAGUUAGACAUUUUCUUCCCCCCAGCACCAUUGUGCCUAUUUUGUUCUAAGACCAUCCAAGUAAAGGUAAAUCAUUUUUUGUUUUCUCCAAGCCACCUUAAAAAGCUUUGCUGAGCUUGGACAUUAUCUUCAUGCAAUACCUUUACAGUAGUUAAAUUUACUACAAGAAAAAAAAUAAUAAUUCUUGUGACGCAGGUCAUCAGUACCCAGUACAGCUGAACAAAAAUAUGACUCCAUAUUUAUACAGGUGUACGUUUUGUUUUAUUGUACAGACAUUUUGUAAUAAAAAAAAAAAAAAGAUCAAACAUUACUGAGCCCACCAGGGAUACAUCUUUUAUUGAGAUGGAGAAAGUUGAACAAGGGCACAUUGUCUUAACACAGUGCUUCUCAAUUAUUUUCUGUUACGCCCCCCCCUAGCAAGAAGAAAACUAUUCGCGCCCCCCCUCCCCACCGUGACUAUCCUAACUUGUCUUGUAAGUCGUAAAAUGUUGCACUGUCGCAAACGUGACAGAAGUAACAAUGAGAGCGCCACUGCCCCCUGCUGUAGUAAACGCGCAAUUACACUUUAUUCUAGUACUGCCAAAAAAAAAGCCUGUUCCCCAGGGUCACACGCGCCCCCCCAGGAAUAGCACCGCGCCCCCCAAGGGGGGCGCGCCCCACUAUUUGAGAAGCACUGGCCUAGGUGACUGAUUCACAAUUUGGUUUUGUCUGAUAUCAGAGAUUAAAUAAAGAAAACCAACUGGCUGA